AUGGAAGACAACACCGCCGUCCAAAUCCACCCUACCGCCGAUGCCAAACCGCAACGUUCACCGUCGCACAUUGAAUACGACAACAACAACGACGACGAGCUUUUCAAUCUAUUAGAACAGGACUGCGAAUCGACGGUCACAUUCAUCAACGAUCCUUACUCUACUCUCCUCGUUUUCCAAUCGUCUUCUUCCUACGUCACCAUUAACGGCAACGAAGAAAGCUGCGGCUCUUCGUUUUCUGAUUUCGGAACUUCUCUCAUGGCAAGCGUUGAUAUCAACAGCUUCAGUUUCCCUUCCGAAUAUCAUCAGGUCUUUCCAUUCCAAACAUUGAAUCCCUAG